AUGUUACGGAGGGGAGCCUAUAUCAAAGCUGUUUUCAUGGCUUUUAAUCUAUUCAAUAAUACAUUUGCUCUAUUCGUUACUUUGGCAACUAUGGCACUCACAAAUCAAGCAAUAACUGCGGCACGGGUAUUCCUUUUCCUUUCUUACUACCAGAUGUUGGGUAAAAAUUUGUCCAGUGUUUUUGUAACCGGUAUAACGGAAUUAGCUGAGGUUUAUGUAUCUAUCAAGAGGCUACAGAAUUUUCUCAACAGCGAUGAAUACCAAUAUCGAGAACCUACAGAAUACCAUUUUCCUCUCAACGACGAAAAAGAAAUAAUAAUUUGGAAAAAUGUGAGUGUUUCUUGGGAUAAACUCAAUACUGACUUGGUACUACAAAAUAUUAGUUUAAGAGUUAAAGUAGGCGACUUAAUUGGAAUCAUUGGACCAGUGGGAUGUGGCAAAAGUUCACUUAUUCAAACUCUGUUAG